CCUGGGUGUUCUAUAACCUGUAGGCUAUUCCUUUCUCAACAACUGUUCUUCUGGCCUCGGAAGGAAAGCCAUGGCCGAAAUUCAACCUCCCUUACCUACCUCUGUAGAUAAAUUCGAUCAAGAUGAUCGGAUUUCAUACUCGACGCUCGACAACAAGUACCUAGCUGUCCACGACGAUGGCACCGAAUUCGAGUUCAAUGCCGCGACGGGACAAUGGGUGCUCGCAGAAGAGGAGGCUCUACAUGGGGACGAGGCGCAACACCAUGCGCUAAUUGGCGAGGCGCAGGGCGAGGAUGAUACGACGUCAAGGAAACGAAAAGAACCGUCCCAUGAAAGCGAGGAAGGCAACAGCAGCACAAAGAAGAAAAUAGGCAGACCGGCCAAGAAAGCCAGGCAACCCCCACAACCGAGACAGAACACGGCCGUCUACGUGACAGGCCUCCCUCCCGACGCGACAGCCGAGGAAGUCCACGAGGUUUUCUCCCGCAAGGCGGGAGUCAUCGCAGAGGAGAUCGACAGCGGCCGGCCGCGAAUCAAGAUGUAUACGGACAGCGAGGGGCGCUUCAAGGGCGACGCCCUAGUGGUCUUUUUCAAGCCGCAAAGCGUCGACAUGGCCAUCAUGCUGCUCGACGACACGGACUUCCGAAUCUCUAGCUCCGGGCUUGGCAGUGGUAAGAUACGAGUACAGGCUGCCGAUUCAAGCUACAAGAAGAUGCGGUACGAUGCGGACGCGGACGGCGGUGACGGCAACUCCGGCGGCGCCAAUGGCAAUGGCGAAGGCAACGGGAAAGCCAACAACGGCGGCGAAGAUCGGCAGAACAGGGCUAGGGGCAACGAUCGCGAGAGGCAGCGGAUCAUUAAGAAGACGCAGAAGAUGGCCGCGCGACUGGCGGACUGGAGCGAUGACGAGCCCUCUUCCCUGGCCAUGCCUGGGGCGGCUGGUGGCUCAUCCCGCUGGAAUAAGGUGGUCAUACUGAAACAGAUGUUCACCCUGGAGGAGCUGGAUGAAGACCCGGCGGCCCUGCUGGAGAUCAAGGAAGAUGUGCGCGAGGAGUGCGCCAAACUGGGCACCGUGACCAAUGUGGUGCUGUACGACGAGGAGCCCGAGGGCAUCGUGUCGGUCAAGUUUCGAGAGCCCGAGUCGGCGGAAGCGUGCGUACAACUCAUGCACGGGCGGAGCUUCGACGGGCGCACUGUCGAAGCGUCCAUUGCGACAGGACGGGAGCGGUACCGGAAGUCAAACAAGAAAUCCCAGGACGAGCACGGCUCUGAUCCGGAAUAGGAAGCCGGCUGAAGCCCGACGAGAUGAUGCUAUGAGCAUGUGCCGGGGUCCGAUCUAGCAGCUAUUCCCUUCUUACCUCCAAGAAAACUUGCAUGGUUAAGCGACUGCUGAACAUUCCGUCUUCGUUCUGUGUCAUGUAAAACUAAUAGGCAUUUGUUUUUUUUAAAGGACACACCCUCAAGCUGGCUACCUGACUAGAUAAUCCCAGACCCGGCUGCUGCCGGUAUGGGGAACUGGCAGUUGAUAUUGGUCCCUAGGGCAGGACCAAAGAAUACAGCAAUACGAGAUGUC